UCUCCUCCUGACCUGCAGCGGAUCUUCCGAUGCACUGUAACAGAGAACAUUAACUCUUGAACACAAUGCCUCGACGUCUGUAAUGGCGCGUUUACUUUCGGAUGCGACUUCGGUGGAAUAAAGGAUUGUCAGGAUCCCGAAAACAGAGAUGUAGUCUGGUCUGUCAGCAGACUCUGAGGUCUCACUAUGCUGCUUUAUCUGCUACUGGCCAUCUCACUAACAAACGUCAAUGGCCAGAUAGACCCAGCUCACUGCCGUUAUCCUCUCGGUAUGGAGGACGGGAGGAUCAAAAACGAUGACAUCACUGCCUCCAGCCAGUGGUAUGAAACCACAGGCCCUCAGUAUGCAAGGUUAAACCGUGAGGAGGGGGACGGCGCCUGGUGUCCUGCUGGUCAACUGCAACCAUCAGAUGUUCAGUAUCUUCAGCUUGACCUUCGUCAGCUCAUCUUCCUCACCGUGGUUGCUACGCAGGGUCGCUACGCACACAACUCCGGCAACGAGUUUGCACGCAAAUACCGUCUUGAGUACAGUCGCGAUGGACACCACUGGAUCUCCUGGAGAAACCGUUUUGGCAGUGAGAUUUUAAUGGCCAAUAUAAACACCUACGAGUCUGUGGUGAGAGACCUCCAUCCUCCCAUCAUCACUCGGUUCUUACGUUUGAUUCCUGUUACCGAUGCCAUACACACUGUGUGCAUGAGAGUAGAGCUGUUCGGAUGCGCCUGGCAGGAUGGCCUGACAGCGUACAACUCUCCAGAGGGCCAGACCAUGAUGGCUCCUGGCUAUCCCAUUACACCUCUCAACGACUCCAUGUACGACGGGGCUCUGGAGCGCAGGAAGCUGUCUGGGGGUCUGGGUCAACUGACGGAUGGUGUGAUCGGUCAGGAUGAAUUCGUACAGAGAAGACAGGACCGGUUGUGGCCCGGAUAUGACUAUGUGGGCUGGAGGAACGACAGCUUGGGCCCUGGAUAUGUAGAGAUGGAGUUCCAGUUUGACAGACAACGAAACUUCACUUCUAUGAAGGUUCACAGUAAUAACAUGUUCUCUCGGGGUGUGAAGAUCUUCGCGUCCGUGUCCUGCGUGUUUAAGUUGCACCUCAUUUCUGAGUGGGAAGCAGAACCGGUUGAGUUUCACACCGUUCUAGAUGACCGGAACCCAAGCGCUCGCUAUGUGACCGUCCCGUUAAAGCACAGAUUGGCUACGGCGCUGUGCUGCCGCUUCUACUUUGCUGACACUUGGAUGAUGUUCAGUGAGAUCUCAUUUCAGUCUGCAACUAAUGUGCUUCCUGCCCAGAGGCCCCCAGUCUUGACCCCUCCUUCAUAUGAGCUUAACAGCAAAGUACCACAAACUACACAAAAAACAGAGGACCGGACCACACCAAAACCAUCAAAAACAGGCUCUCCUGAAGAGGGCAGUACAUCGAUUCUGAUUGGCUGUCUGGUGACUAUUAUUCUUCUACUAGUGGUGAUCAUCUUUCUGAUUCUGUGGUGCCAAUAUGUGUGCAAAGUCCUGGAGAAGGCUCCGAGGCGUAUUUUGGAGGAGGAGGUGACAGUACGUUUGUCCUCUAGCAGUGACACUAUAAUUCUGCAGACUCCUCCGGUGCCCCCGCGCGUCUCCCUCGACCCGCCCUACGAGAGGAUCUUCCUGCUGGACCCACAGUAUCAGGAUCCCGCUGCACUCAGGAACAAACUUCCCGAGUUGUCGCAAAGCGCAGAGGCUUCUGCCUGUAGCGGAGGAUACGCCGAACCUGACGUUACCCUGUGCACCCCGCACCAGUGUUUUCAGAGCAGCGUGCCGCACUACGCUGAAACAGACAUCAUUAGUCUGCAGGGCGUCACUGGCAGCAACAUGUAUGCCGUUCCGGCCCUCACCGUUGAUUCCCUGACACGAAAGGACAUCUCGGUGGCCGAGUUCCCUCGAGAGAGACUGCUGUUCAGAGAGAAACUGGGAGAAGGCCAGUUUGGUGAGGUACAUUUAUGUGAGGCCGAGGGUUUGGCUGAGUUUCUGGGAGAGGGUGCACCGUUACCGGAGCAGGACGGCAGGCCGGUGCUGGUAGCAGUUAAACAACUCAGAGCAGAUGCCACCAGCAAUGCCAGAAAUGACUUCCUGAAGGAGAUAAAGAUCAUGUCGCGUCUGAAUAACCCAAACAUCAUUCAGCUGCUGUGCGUGUGCGUGAGCUCCGACCCGCUCUGCAUGGUGACGGAGUACAUGGAGAACGGAGACCUCAACAUGUUCCUGUCCCAGAGAGAGAUAGAGAGCACACUCACACAUGCCAACAACAUUCCGUCUGUCAGCAUUGCUGACAUGUUGCACAUGUCGGUGCAAAUCUCUUCUGGGAUGAAGUACUUGGCUUCUCUGAAUUUUGUGCAUCGUGAUCUGGCCACACGGAACUGCCUCCUGGACCGUCAUCUCACCAUAAAGAUCUCUGAUUUCGGCAUGAGCAGAAACUUGUACAGUAGUGAUUACUAUCGUAUACAGGGGCGCGCUGUACUGCCUAUACGCUGGAUGGCCUGGGAGAGCAUCUUACUGGGAAAGUUCACAACAGCUAGUGACGUGUGGGCAUUUGGAGUAACUCUGUGGGAGAUCUUCACUUUAUGUAAGGAGCAGCCCUACAGCCUGCUGUCUGAUGAACAGGUCAUCGAGAACACCGGCGAAUUCUUCCGAAACCAGGGGAGACAGAUCUUUCUCUCCGCCCCACCACUCUGUCCAUCCUCUCUGUUCGAGCUGAUGAUGCGUUGCUGGAGUCGUGACAUUGCAGAUCGCCCCACUUUUCACAGAUUGUAUCAGGCCCUGCUAACUUUUGCACCCCACUCAUGACCGAA